AUGAUGAGAAACCGCUCAGCAAUAACAACAUUCAUCCUUCUGGGACUGGCAGAAGAUCCCCAGCUACAGGUUUUACUUUUUAUUUUUCUAUUUAUCACCUACAUUUUGAGUGUAACUGGAAAUCUAACCAUCAUUACCCUAACUUUGGUGGAUUCUCACCUUAAAACUCCCAUGUAUUUUUUCCUCCAAAAUUUCUCUUUCUUAGAAAUCUCAUUUACAACUGCAUGUAUUCCAAGAUUUCUUUACAGUAUAUCAAGUGGAGACAGAACAAUUACCUAUAAUGCAUGUAUCAUUCAAUUAUUUUUCAUAGAUCUCUUUGGGGUUACAGAAUUUUUUCUUUUGGCUGCCAUGUCAUAUGAUCGCUAUAUGGCCAUCUGCAAACCCUUGCAUUAUAUGAUGAUCAUGAGCAACAAAGUGUGCAAGACAAUAAUUAUCUGCUGUUGGAUGGGAGCACUUGUGAUUAUCCUCCCACCACUUAGCUUAGGUGUUCAUCUGGAAUUCUGUGAUUCUAAUGUCAUUGAUCAUUUUGCCUGUGAUGCAGCUCCUAUGCUGAAGAUCUCAUGCUCAGACACGUGGUUAGUUGAGCAGAUGGUUAUGGCCUGUGCUGCACUGGCCUUCAUCACAACUCUUCUUUGUGUAGUUCUCUCCUACAUGUAUAUCAUAAGGACAAUUCUAAAAUUCCCUUCUGUUCAACAAAGGAAAAAAGCCUUUUCUACCUGUUCUUCCCACAUGGUUGUGGUUUCCCUCACCUAUGGCAGCUGCAUCUUCAUCUAUAUUAAACCAUCUGCGAAAGAAGAAGCAAGCACGAAUAAGGCUGUGUCCGUGCUUAUUUCCUCCAUAUCGCCAAUGCUGAACCCUUUCAUAUAUGCUCUGAGGAAUAAGCAAGUUAAACAAGGCUUUAAUGAUGCACUCAAAAACAUUGCCAUUUCCCUUAAGAAAGUAAAAUGUACCUAA